UUGAAAUCCGAUUUAGGAAUUAGGGGUUGGGACUUGCGAUUGACCUCCGUCUGCACUCUGCAGUGAGAGGCUGAGAAGAGAAGCGAGAGGUAACUGAAAACGAAACAAAAAAGAGAAAGGUAAAGGAAAGGAAACCAACAAAAAGGAAAGUUUUUUUUUUUUGGUUUUAAAGCAGCAGUGAGAAGGAGCAAUCGAUCGUGAGAUGGAAUCGUCAAGGAAAGCGAGGGGGACGAAGACUCAAGAAGAGCAAUGGAUGGUUGAGAACGAUGUCGGCCAAAUUUAUUCAUCUGUCAGCAGUAUUCCGCCGAAUGCCCAAUCCGUUUUCUUGGAGAUCCGACGGGAUAAUCACAUUCAAUAUCUCAUGCACGGUCUAAACAAUCUUGGCCCGUCUUUCUCAACUCUCGAUGCCAAUCGACCUUGGAUUUGCUAUUGGAUCCUUCACUCAAUUGCUCUAUUGGGAGAUUCGUUAGAUGAAGAACUGGAGCAUAGUACUAUCGAGUUUCUUAGUCGUUGCCAGGAUCCGGACGGUGGAUAUGGUGGUGGACCUGGUCAGAUGCCUCAUCUUGCAACAACUUAUGCUGCAGUGAACUCACUUAUUACCUUGGGUGGUCCCAAGUCUUUGUCAUCAAUUAAUAGGGGGAAGUUGCGUGCAUUUUUGCUGCAAAUGAAGGAUGCAAGUGGAGGAUUCAGGAUGCAUGAUGGUGGAGAAGUGGACGUUCGUGCUUGCUACACUGCUAUUUCUGUUGCCAGUGUUCUGAACAUUCUGGAUGAUGAGCUGACACAAAAUGUUGGAGAUUACAUUUUAAGUUGCCAAACUUAUGAAGGUGGAAUAGCUGGUGAACCAGGUUCUGAGGCUCAUGGAGGGUACACAUUCUGUGGUUUAGCAGCGAUGAUUCUGAUCAAUGAGGUCCAUCGGUUGGAUUUGCCUUGCUUGAUUGACUGGGUUGUCUUCAGACAAGGUGUUGAAGGUGGAUUUCAAGGGAGAACAAAUAAACUGGUUGAUGGCUGCUAUUCCUUUUGGCAGGGAGGAGUUGCUGUCAUUGUACAAAAGUUGCAUUCAGUUAUCUGUGAACAGUUGGGUUUGUCAAAAGUUUUAGACUCUGAGUGCGACUCGGAAAGUUAUCAUGAUUAUGAAACAUCAGAUAUAUCUGAUGUAGAAGAAUGCACUGUGGAAACUUCUUGCCCUCUUGGUGGAACUUGCCAUCGUAGAAAAGAAGACAUUGGUGUUGAUUUCAUCAGCAACAAGAGGGCAAUUGCACCUAUUUUCAGUAGCAUGCAUUUGCAGCAAUACCUUCUUUUGUGUUCACAGGAAGGGGCUGGUUUCAGAGAUAAACCUGGGAAGCCUAGGGAUCAUUAUCAUACAUGUUACUGUCUAAGUGGAUUAUCCGUUUGUCAAUAUUGCUCAUCUGCAGAUGCUGAUUCUCCACCACUGGCUAGAGAUAUACUGGGUCCUUACUCUAAUUUGUUGGAACAACUUCACCCCUUAUAUAACCUUGUCUUAGACCGUUACUAUGAAGCACAUGAUUUUUUUUCAAAAUUUUAGGCAACUUAUCCAAUGCUUGAUGAGAAAACAUGGGCUGUAGCAUUUGAUGGUGUUCAUAUGGGCUCUCUCCCGCGUAGCAGUUAGUGUAAAAACAUAGUUGUUGGGGCUGACGUUACGCGAGACUUCCUACCACCUCUCAAUUUCUUCUGUUAUUUAUACUACCGCUCUGGUGUCGGGUAGGUUUGGGUCCAAAAUUGACCGUUGAAACUUUGUAAAUUUAGGCAAUUUUGUCGGUGUCCGGUCAGGACGAUUUAGUAGCUAAGGAUAUCACUUAGUUUGUGUAAUCUUUAUAUAAAGUGGGUGAUUUCAUAUUUGAUA